AUGCCGAGUAGUACGUCUUUGCUGGAGGCCGACGAUGGAGAAUCGGAGGUCCCACCGCCGCCUCUUGUGCAUGCUUUCGCCGGUAUGGGCCUAGACGAGCACCUUGCUACUCAAAGCCAAAAGGCAGUCGAGCAAACGAACGAAUGCCCAGCCUUGUACCACCACAACCAGUUCAUCCCGGCGUCUCAUUAUAACAUACUCGGUACGGUCCUUGACUUGAAGCCGCUGCAGCGUCGACCAACUUCGGUAGACGAUGGGACAGCAACGCCCGAGGACGAAGACUUACAAGCUCCAACCACGUCGGGUAGCCCGUUGCUAUCGCAGGCCCAUCAAUACAUUCAUCCUUCGGGGCCAAGCGGUUCCGUGAUGCCGUCCGCUUUGGACCAAGUGGAAACGGUGUUACUGUACAACGGAGAAGAUCGGGGGGACGACGUUGGCGUUUACUGCGGAGAGCCCGGCGGCGGGGGCUGCUUCGAGGCCGAGGCUUUGCUGCUGGCUCGCCGGAAAAGUGUAAACACAACCGAAUGCGUGGAAGUGCCGAGCUCUGAGCACGUCGCGGAGAUCGUGGGCCGACAGGGCUGUAAGAUCAAAGCGCUUCGAGCCAAGACCAACACCUACAUCAAGACGCCUGUAAGGGGCGAGAAGCCAAUUUUUGUCGUGACUGGACGCAAGGAGGAUGUAUGUGUGGCCAAGCGGGAGAUCCUGUCGGCCGCUGAGCACUUCUCCCUCAUCCGGGCCUCCCGGAGCAAAGCGGGCUCUCUGUCGGUUGUGUCUGGGCCAGGGAUCCCUGCUCUGCCUGGACAGACCACAAUUCAGGUGCGGGUGCCAUAUCGCGUUGUAGGGUUGGUUGUGGGUCCGAAAGGGGCAACCAUCAAGCGCAUCCAGCAGCAGACUCACACCUACAUCGUGACACCGAGUCGCGACAAGGAGCCAGUUUUUGAGGUGACGGGCAUGCCUGAGAACGUGGACCACGCUCGCGAGGAAAUAGAAGCACACAUUGCACUGCGCACGGGCGCCUGCGGCGGCGGCGCUGAGGUACCCGGUGGCGACGAUAAUGACUUCCAGUUCAAUGGCACAGACGUCAGUUUUGACAACAUCGGCGAGGCCGGAUGGCUCCGUGCGGGAGGCCUCCUCCCGGCCAACCCGGACACCGCACGGCGAACCAACGCUGGCGGCGGGAUCCGCAUGUCUUCCUCUUACCGCAACGACAGCUCCAGCUCGCUUGGCAGUGGCUCCAGCUCUAACGACUCCUUCUACGGAGGAGGCAGCACCAACCGCAUGGCUGACUUCAGCCCCACUUGCUCAUUCAACGCCAAUUCCAACAAUAACAAUAAUAACAACGACCCGGUCGCCACAAGCUUCUGGUUUGGUGACGGCCUGCCCCCGGUGGGCUCCGAGGAGGCUGUAGCGCCAGCUAGCUGGAACUCCUCUGCAGGAUUCGAACCUCUGACCAUCUCCACGAGUCAACUGUCUCACUCUGGUACGCCUCCGCACAUCUGGAGCCCCUUCGUGGACCACCAAAGUCUUCAGGCCUUGGACGCACAUCCUGUUCAGACAAGUCAGCCUGGAACGCCCCGCCUCUCACCCACCUUUCCAGGGGCAGCAGACACCUUUGAGCAGCCCCAAGCGCUGCACGCGCGGCUCGUCCCCUUUGCCGCUCACCGCCCACCAUCUUACUGCUCGCCCUUCUCUUCCUCCGGCGACAGCUCGUCCUCAUCGCCGCCUGAGCCCUCUCUCACCUACGGGGCAGGAGCGGCGCCCCGCCCCGAGGCUUGCAUCCGCUGCGCCGACGGCCGGGCCGUGGCCGCCCUGGUCCCUUGCGGCCACAACCUCUUCUGUCCGGAAUGCGCCGCCCAGAUUUGCCGGGGCCCCGACGCUGCCUGCCCUGUGUGCCUGUCGCCUGUGACCCGGGCCCUCCGACUGCGCAAUGUCUAA